GGUAAAAGUCGCCCUCUUUGGGGUGGCUGUGGGCCCAGCAUGGAUCACUUAGGGGCGCACCACCUCCACCAGAGCCACGCCGAGCCCAUCAGCUUCGGCAUCGACCAGAUCCUCAACAACCCGGACCAAGGCAGCUGCAUGAUCUCCAACGCGCGCCUGCAGGACGUGGCGGACUACGGCCUGGGAGGAUGCGUGGUGAGCAGCGCGUACAACCCCAUGGCCGGCCACUACGGCUCGGCCACCGGCGGCGGAGGCGGCGGAGGCGCAGGAGGAGGAGGGUCGUCCUCCGCCGGAGGUUACAGCAACGGCGGGGCUUGCAGCAUGGCUUCUCUGGCGGGGUCUUACAACAUGAACCUGGGGGUCGGGACCAUGAACGGAAAUAACCUCAACGCGGCCGGGGGCGUGAUCCGGGUGCCGGCGCACAGACCCCUGACCGGAGGCGUCCACCAGCCUCUCUCCACGGCCGUGCCCACCGUCCCGUCCGUGAACAAUCUCACGGGGCUGACUUUCCCCUGGAUGGAGAGCAACAGGCGCUACACCAAGGACAGGUUCACAGUGGCCCUCUCACCGUUCACUGUAACACGCCGUAUAGGUCACCCCUACCAGAACCGGACGCCCCCCAAGAAGAAGAAGCCCCGCACCUCCUUCACCCGCCUGCAGAUCUGCGAGCUGGAGAAGCGCUUCCACCGGCAGAAGUACCUGGCCUCGGCCGAGAGGGCGGCUCUGGCCAAGGCACUGAAAAUGACCGACGCGCAAGUCAAGACCUGGUUCCAGAACAGGAGGACAAAGUGGAGGCGACAAACUGCAGAGGAGCGGGAAGCGGAGAGGCAGCAAGCCAAUCGCAUCCUCAUGCAGCUCCAGCAAGAGGCCUUUCAGAAAACCAUCAACCAGCCCCUCCAAGCAGACCCCAUCUGUGUUCACAACUCCUCUCUCUUUGCCCUCCAGAACCUCCAGCCAUGGUCAGAUGACUCCUCGAAGAUUACCAGCGUAACUUCUGUAGCCUCGGCCUGUGAGUGAAGCCUUGACUUUGCCUGUGCAUGGACUGUGGCGUCCCAAAAUGGCUGCCCUUACCCAAUGCCAUUGGGAGAAGAUCUAUGACCCAGAAAAGGGAGUGGUGAACCAGCAACCAGAUCGUGCCCUAUGCAAGCAAAUACUCUUUUAGUGGGCAAAAUGUUGGCAGUAUUUCAAUAAAGGGCAUCGCUUUUGCUACUUCUUCUUUGAGAUUGCAAGGCCCGAUUAUGAAAAUUCAUGAAGGGUCAUUUAAAGACUUUUCUGGGGAGAAAAGAACCUUACUGUUGUUCUUUUUUUAAAAAAUAUUUCCAAGAGAAACCACUCAUAUAAUUCAGUUUUACUGGCAAUGUAGGAUUUGUUCUCCCAUUUAAACAUUUUAGACUGAUCACUUGUAAGCAAAAUAAUGACACCAGUUUGAAUUGGAAAUGUUUUUGAACAGCCUCUGCAUCUUCAGCUAGGGUUUUUUGUUUUUGUUUUUUUGCCUCUAAAGACAGUAAGAUCCUGCAGAUGAACAAGAACCUCCCUCUUUUCUUUUUCUUUUUAAUUUUCAGAGAUGAAUUCUUUGGGCUUCUCUCCUUUUCCUUAUUUUCUCCCUGCUGAAGGAAUGAAACCGGAAUUAUUGUUGAAUGUAAACAUUACAUUGCAAACCAUUGUGUGAAGGUUGUGAUCAGUUUUCCUGGCUACCACAGACUCUGCAUUGAUCAACUUAUAGUUUAAUAACUCUGAGGCAUCUGUGGCAUUUUUGCAGGGCUAAUGCAGUUUCACUUGAUGGAUUAUUUUGGUAUCGUUUAUGAUGUUGUUCAAUAUUUUAUUUACUUUUGGGUUGAGAAGUCUGCUUUGCCAUGGGUGGAAAAGCCCUCUUUUCCCAUUUCCUGACCAGCAUUUCACAAUUUUCUUUUCAUCACGUUGAGGAAAAGCUUGUGAUUAAUUUAAGCACUUCUUAUAGCAAACUCCAAGAAUAUAGAAAAGAUAUCUACAGCAUAUAGUUUUCACUUACUUUAACCUAACCAUCACUGCCAUUUUAAAUCGGAUGAUACACAGAGCCAGGCAAUUUAUCAGAAAAGAAUAUUUUCAGUGAGGUUUUGAAAUGCAUUCAUCAGUUCCCUUUUUUAUUAUUAAGUUAUGCACUUAUAAGAUGGUUUCUUUUUUUGUGUACUCAUUUUCUAAAGUGUUUGUGUAAUUUAUGUGGAAAAAAAUUGAAUAAAAAGGGGGAAAAAAUCA